AUGACCCACGGCUCUGAGUCACUCCUCCACAGGACUCUCGAGGAGCUCGGCCUGCUCUCAGUGUGGCAUUCCCCUCGCGACACAAAGCUGCUGAUCGCCCAACGCUUUGUCCGCCUCUUCGCCUACGGUGGCUCGACUCUAAUUCUAGCAUCUUAUCUCUCUGCUCUGAAAAUCACCGAUGAUCGGAUUGGCCUGUUUAUGACCCUGACGCUGGUCGGUGAUGUCGCUAUUAGUUUCCUGCUGACGCUGUUCGCUGAUGCUAUGGGUCGCCGGGCUGUCCUGGUGUUGGGUUCUGCGUUGAUGGUUGGCUCCGGGGUUGUUUUUGCCCUGUGUGGGAAUUACUGGGGGCUUCUGGCCGCUGCGGUGCUGGGGGUUAUUAGUCCAAGCGGCAACGAGAUCGGUCCUUUCAAGGCAGUCGAAGAGUCAACGCUGGCGCAGCUCACGCCCAGGGAGUUCCUGCGCGAUAUCCUGCUCUGGUACUCCCUCUCCGGCACGGCCGGGACAGCGCUGGGUGUAAUGGCCUGUGGGUGGGCCAUUAACUUGCUAGAGACCAAGAGGGGGUGGGAGUAUAUUCCAGCGUGCCGGACGAUUUUCUUUGCCUACGCCGCUAUUGGUGCUCUCAAAUUUAUUCUCUCUGUGGCGUUGAGCAAGAAGGUGGAGGCAGACGGCAAGGCGUCAAAACCGAAGCAGCAGCACAGCGAUGAGACACAGCCCCUUCUAGGAGAACGAACAGAGACGCGGGCAGAUGGCAACACUCCGCAGAAACCGGUGCGGAAAUCGUUCCUCUCGUUCUUGGGUGAUGGGGACCUUGUCUCGCUCGUUAUCCGUCUUUUUAUCCUCUUCGGUCUGGACUCGUUUGCUUCGGGUCUUGCUUCUCUAUCCUGGAUGACCUACUUUUUCAAACGCAAAUUCACCCUACCGGAUGGAACCCUGGGCUCGAUCUUCUUCACGACCUCCAUAAUCGCCGCAGUCAGCAUGCUGCUCGCCUCCUCAAUCGCAAAACGCAUCGGCAAUAUCAAAACAAUGGUGUUCACACACCUUCCAUCCGCCAUCUGCCUCGCAUUGAUCCCGCUUUUCAAUUUGCCAAUCGCCCUAACGCUCCUAAUUCUCCGCGCGUGCUCCCAGAAUAUGGACGUUGCGCCGCGCUCUGCGUUCCUAGCGGCCGCGUUACCGAGUGACAAGCGCACGGCUAUCAUGGGCGCUAUCAAUGUUGUUAAGACGAGUGCGCAAAGUGCGGGUCCGUUGAUUACGGGCGUUCUUGCAGAUAGGGGGUUCUUCGGGGGGAGUUUUACUCUUGCGGGUAUUUUAAAAUGUGUUUAUGAUAUGGGGAUCUUGGUUAGCUUUUUGGGGUUGGAGAGGGGGAGGGAGAGAGUGUAG